AAUGCAUGACCUUGUAUCUUUAUUUAUACCAAUCUUCUUCAUCUCUUUUCUUUAAAGAAUAACAUUCCUCUUGCAAGUUUUCAUGACGACCAUCAUGUCGGGAUUACAUCUGCUUUUGCGUUAUAUCUCACUCUUUGUCAUCUUUACUUCAAGCUUCACUCUUGUUGUUGGACUUUCCGGUUGUCAUCCCGACCAGAUUCAAGCACUUGAGCAGUUCAAGAACGAGUUUGAUUCCAGAAACUGCAACCAAACUGAUUACCUUAAUGGAGUUCAGUGCGACAACGCCACUGGUGCCGUCACAGAGCUACAACUCCCAAGUGGCUGCCUCAUUGGAACACUCAAGCCAAACAGUAGCCUCUUUGAGUUGCGUCAUCUUCGUCACCUAAAUCUCUCUCACAACAACUUCACUUCCUCUUCACUCCCUUCCGAGUUCAGCAACCUCAGCAGAUUAGAGGUUUUGUCUCUUUCCUCUAAUAGCUUCAUAGGUCAGGUUCCUUCCUUAUUUAGCAAGCUAACAUGGCUAAACCAGUUGGAUCUCUCACAUAACCAGCUCACUGGUAGUUUCCAACUUGUCCAGAACCUCAGCAAGCUUUCUACUUUAGACCUUUCCUAUAAUCACUUCUCUGGAGACAUUCCUUCUACUCUGCUCUCUAUGCCUUUCUUGACACGUCUUGAUCUCAGUGAAAACUAUCUCACUGGCUCCAUCAAUAUUCUCAAUUCUUCUUCGUCACUAAGGCUUGAGCACUUGUCCCUUUCUCAUAACCAUUUCGAAGGGCAAGUACUAGAGCCUAUCUCAAACCUCAUAACCCUCAAGUUUCUCGACCUUUCCUUCCAAAACAUAAGCUACCCAAUUGACAUUAGAAUCUUCUCCUCUCUCAAAUCAUUGUUGAAACUUGUUCUUUCCGGUAAUAGUAUAUCAUCAACUAGUUUCGGCUCAGAUUCAGACGUCCCACUGAGCCUAGAGAAGUUAGGUUUGUCCGGCUGUGACAUCAUAGAGUUUCCAAACUUCUUAAAGAGCCUUCACAACUUGGAGCUUAUAGACAUUUCCCACAAUAAAAUCAAAGGGAAGGUUCCUGAGUGGUUUUGGAACCUUCCUCGUUUGAGCAUGGUGAGUCUUGUUAAUAACUCUUUCACAGGGUUUGAAGGUUCAGAAGAUGUUUUACAGAAUUCAUCGUUGAAGAUAUUAGAUUUGGCCUUAAACCAUUUCAAAGGACCGUUUCCUAAUCCACCACACUCUCUCACCGUCCUAUCUGCAUGGAACAAUAGUUUCACAGGGAGCAUACCUAUUGCAGUCUGUAACCAAAGCAUGCUUGCUCUUCUUGAUCUCUCCUACAACAACUUCACCGGUUCAAUCCCUCGAUGCCUGAGUAAUCUACAAAACUCUCUUAUUGUUGUGAAUCUCCGGAAGAACAACCUGGAAGGAAGUCUUCCAGACAAUUGCUAUGAUGGUGCCUUGCUUCGGACACUUGAUGUUGGUUUCAAUCAACUAACAGGGAAGCUUCCAAGGUCUCUUCUGAAUUGCUCCUCUCUAAAGUUUCUAAGUGUGGACAACAACAACAUCAAAGACACAUUUCCUUUCUGGCUCAAGGGUUUGCCUAACUUGCAAGCAUUUACUCUCCGCUCAAACAGAUUCUACGGUCCUAUAUCUCCUCCUGGAAGCUUGCCCCAAGAUUACUUUGUGAACUGGAAAGUUAUGACUGAAGAUGGGAGUUUGUAUAUGGGAGACUACAAUGAAAUUCCUGGCUAUAUCUAUGAAGAUACCAUAGAUCUCCAAUACAAAGGUCUAUUCAUGGAGCAAGGGAAGGUUCUCACUUCAUAUGCCACCAUUGAUUUUUCUGGAAACAGACUUGAAGGACAAAUUCCUGAAUCUAUUGGUCUCUUGAAGACAUUGAUUGCACUUAACUUAUCAAACAACGCUUUCACGGGACAUAUUCCUCUGUCUUUGGAAAAUGUCACGGAGCUUGAGUCACUAGACCUGUCAAGAAACAAACUAUCAGGUGAUAUUCCUCGAGGACUUGGGAGCCUCUCGUUUUUGGCGUACAUAAGUGUGGCUCAUAACCAACUCAAAGGUGUAAUACCACAAGCAACACAAAUAACUGGGCAACCUAAAUCCUCCUUCGAAGGGAAUGUGGGUCUAUGUGGUCUUCCUUUAGAGCAAAGUUGCUUUACGCCACCAACACGACAACCAAAGGAAGAAGACGAAGAAGAAGAGGAAGGUGUGCUAAACUGGAAAGCAGUGGUUAUAGGGUAUGGACCUGGCUUGUUGUUUGGAUUGGUAAUAGCACAUGUAAUUGCUUCAUACAGGCCACAGUGGUUUGUCAAGAUUGUUGGUCCGGAUAAGCACAAGGAAACAGAUCCAGUUACAUUGUUUAUGUCUAUGGAUUCAAGAUGGGACAGUUUUAAUAAUAAGAAAAACAAAGAAAGUAAUAUGUAAGAAGUGGUCUUACUGGUUUAUGUAGCCUUUGUUCUCUUUAAAGGAUCCUCUCUUUUGGCUGAUGGUAGUCUGAAAGGUUUAUGAUA